GUUCGAUUUGGCCGCGGAGAAGCGGAUUUUCGGUCCGUCGGCGAGGACACAUCGAGAUGCGCUCGCUACUUCUGGGUGUUGCGGUCCUUGUGGGGCAGCUCUUCGGUACAGACGGUGUCCUUACAGCAGAUGACAUUGUCUUGUCCUGCACUCCUCUCGCGAAAACUCCUGUGACGCUUCCCUCCGUUGGGUACUGCGGCAUCGACAUGCUCUUGGGCAUGGAGAUCAAAGUGGCGCUUGACAUCACGUCCAUCGACAACGUUGACACCAAGUGUACUCUGAACAAUAUCCCGCUCACGAAUGUGUCGCUGGUGCAGAAAGACUCGAAAUGGAAGGUGCGCUUGGGGUACACAAUUCAACUGAGCGAUCCAGACUCGGACGCAGGCGUGACCGAAGUCAAAUGCACUGUCGCCCGCACGAACGAGACGCUUACGUCUCUCGUGGAGACGCUGCCCAUCACCAUCUACGCUUAUCUUCCCGAAAUCGACUCGUUCGAGAUUGUUCCACCAGUCUCGAAUCCCGCGUUGUCAACACGCUCUCCGUCCAAGAAUAAAACCAACUUGAAUCCUUCCAUCGUUGCGCUUGGCAUCGGGACCACUGUCGACUUUACAGUGAGCGUCAAAUCCAAGCACGAUGUGUCGGGGUCAUGCCUGUUGCAGCCUCAGAAUCAAGUGGUCUCCAUCGCGUCAUCCAGGGGACAGUAUGUCGUGCGCGCCGGCGACCCGUACAUCGGUGUCGACUCCAUGACGUACUCGUGCAACUUGACGGACGUUGCAGGCAACGCCGCCCAUUCUGAAGGCAAGGUCAUGUCUCGUUCGGUCGUCCUGGACGGCACCCUUCCCGUCCUUGAUAGCGUUUUCAUGGUGUUUUCGUCGGAGACCCCUGCCAAAAUCGGUAGCAUGGUCACGCUGACAUUGAAAGCGCAGAACGCGACGUCCGGGUACACUGGAAAUUGCUCCGUCAACGGAGUUGGGCCCCUCGAGCUUGUGGAACAAGCAGACGACAAGAAAGGUUUGUACCUGGUCCAGUAUCAUGUCGGGUCUGGCGACCACGAUGUUGGCGUGAAUCAGACGCUCCCUGUCGAGUGCAAGCUCGCCAACGUGGCCAAGAACUCGUACUAUUACACAACAGCCCUGUCGUUGAACUUUGCCAUCGACGCCAACCGGCCGCAGAUCGUGAGCACGAAGCUUCUCUUCUCGUCGGACGAUCCUGCGCAGGAGGAGAGUGUGAUUGAGAUUCAAAUCGUGUCGUCGCACGAACCAAAGCCCCUCGUCGUGCACAAGGAAUCCUGUUCGAUCAACAACGUGUCGGUGGCGCGGAGCUUUACUCGAUCGAGCGCUGACACGUACCUCCUCACGUACGUCGUGGGCAAAGGCCAAGCGAUGUGGAAGCCUGGGAAGCUCCCGAUCUACUGCGUUUUGCAAGACCAAGGCGGCAACACUGUGGUGGUGAACCAGUUCACCGACGACAACACUCUGUUUGCCCGUGAAAUGAAGCCGCACGAGUUUGACCCGACCAAAGAUUUCGGAGCGUACUUGCCCGACAAGAUGGUGCUGCUGUCGUUCUUGAUCGUGGCAGUGGCGUCCCAUACGAUCAGCAACUUUUGCCCGUUCGUGGGACUGCCACGGAUCACGGGGUAUUUGGCCACGGGGAUCAUCGCAGGUCCGUUUGUGCUCAAGCUGAUCACCACGGACGAGAUCGGCCAGAUGCGUUUUGUGGAUGAAUUGGCGCUGGCGUACAUUGGGCUGGCCGCCGGCGCCAAGCUGCAUUGGGUGGAAAUGCGUCGAAAGAUCAAGAGCAUCUUGUCAGUCACGCUGUGGCUGACUCUGUUUGAAUACGUCAUUGGGACGCUCACGAUCAUCGUGCUGGCCAACUACCUCGUCUUUCUUCAAGCCACGACCACGAUGGAGUGUUAUGCGAUUGCGAUGUUGGCAGGGUGCAUGAUGAUCGCGCGGUCGCCGUCGUCGGCCCUCGCCGUCAUCGAAGAAACGGGAUCGCAGGGCCAUUUUACGACCUUCAUCUUUAGCGUGACGGUGCUGUGCGACAUUGUUGUCAUUGUUCUCUUCAACAUCAACAGCAUGAUCACGGAGGCGUUUUUGAGUGACAAGAGCAUCAGUUUCCAGAGCGUGAUGGAGCUUGUGGCGCAGAUGGUCAUCUCCGUCGCUGUCGGCAUUUUGUCGGGCAAGUUCAUGUCGUAUGUGAUUCUGUGGCGCACGCCGCGUAUCAGUCGCCGCAGCCGGAUGCACAAGUUGCUCCAGUUCUCCAAGCAACUCGUGAUCCUCAUGUUUGGCUUCAGCUUGUUUGUACUUGGGCAUUUGUGCCACCCCUGGCUGGAAUCGCUCAUGUGCUGCAUGGUGGCCGGGGCGACGCUGUACAACUGGAACCACGGAUCGAACCGUGAAGAACUGAAUCUCCUGUUGAAAUCGAUGGCCGACUUUGUCUACGUCGGGUUCUUCACCCUCACGGGUGCAUCCCUCGAACUCGACAUCCUCCUCAAGGCAAUGGCGGUGUCCGUUCUGCUCUGUCUGACGCGCGUGUUUGCCAUCUUCCUCGGCAGCUACAUUGGUGGCGCCCUCGCCCAUGAAAACUCCAUGCACAACCGGGUGUCGUGGAUGGCGUACAUCACGCAGGCCGGGGUGACGCUGGGGUUGGCCAAGAAGAUCCAGCUGCUGUAUCCCGGAUGGGGCAGCUACUUAGCGACGAUGAUUGUGUCGGUGGUUAUUUGCAAUCAACUCAUCGGCCCGCCACUGCUCCGCAUGGUGCUGCGGUAUGUCGGCGACUGCCGCGAAAAGGAGAACGGCAAAGUGGAUGGUCUCCGCGCGCUCAUCUUGGGCGACGACGAACGGCUGGUCGUGGUCAACUCUGCAAAGCGCCGUAUGAAGAACUGCGGGUGGGAACCGUUCAGUUUCUGCAUGAACAUGAAGGACGUGCAGGAUCCCAUCGAGAUGAACGUGCAGAUCCGAGAAGCCAUGAAGGAGCACGAACCGUUGGACGUGGUUGUCGUCAUGAUGAGCUCGGACGUGUUCAACUACCGCGUGAUUCGGAACGUGGCGCAGAUUUGCACCAAGCUCAAGCGAGUCAAGAUUCUCCGCAUCGUCGUCAACGUCGUCGGGGACGCCGCGUCCAGCGAAGACGAAGAUUGGGCAUCGCGAUUUGCCAACAUGCCGUUCAACGAAGAAAACGGCGAUGCGAUCGAUGUCGUUGUGGUCGAUCGAAACGAAGCGACCGACAUGUUGAUCGAGUUGGCCGCGUGCGGCAAGCUCAUCAACCAGAAGGAGGUGCUGUCCCCGCGGGCCGACGACACAGACAUGACAGAGGAAACGAGCGUGAUCAAAGUCAGUUUGUCGAGCAAGAUGCGGCAGAUGCUGUGGGUGUAGCACGAAUCAAGUCGCGCCUCCGAAGCAUUUAUAAUGUAUACGAAGCUGGAUGAGUAUGAAUGGGCGGAUGUGAG